AUGGUGAAACCGUCCACAACAAAUGCGGCGGACCCGGCCCCGAUAGAAACAUGCCAUGAGGACAUGAUUCACGAUGCCCAGCUUGACUACUACGGCAAACGACUCGCGACGUGUUCUUCUGACCGAACGGUGCGAGUGUUCGACGUGGUAGAUGGGGAGCCCCCGAAGGCGGUGCAAACGCUCAAAGGGCACACAGGACCUGUGUGGCAGGUUGCCUGGGCACACCCAAAGUUUGGACACAUACUGGCAUCAUGCUCGUAUGAUGGCAAAGUAAUAAUUUGGAAAGAACAGCCAGCACAAGGUCCGUCUGCGGGAGGGUGGGCGAAGAUUAAGGAGCAUACACUACAUAAAGCGUCAGUCAACUCUGUCUCGUGGGCACCCCACGAACUCGGUGCCAUCCUCGCAUGCGCGUCUUCGGAUGGAACAAUUUCUGUCCUGACAUUCAAAAACGAUGGCCAAUGGGGCGCGGAUGUCUUCGAGGGCCAUGCCAUCGGUUGCAAUGCCGUCUCGUGGGCGCCCGCCGUGCAGCCUGGCUCACUCAUCGCACCACAGUCGGGCACGACGCUCCCAGGGCAGCCACCUGCUGCGCCGCAGAGUGUGAAGCGUUUUGCGAGCGCGGGCUGCGACAACCUCGUUAAGAUCUGGGGGUUCCGUGACGACACGCAGGCAUGGGUCGAAGAGGAGGUUCUUGAUGGGCAUACUGACUGGGUGCGUGACGUCGCCUGGGCACCGAAUAUCGGCCUGCCGAGGAGCUAUAUUGCCACUGCUUCCCAGGACAAGACUGUGCUCAUUUGGACGAAAGAUACCCCAACGUCGUCUUGGGCGAAGACGGCGCUCGACCCGUCAUCUGCGCUGACCGUGCCGGCGGGCGGGGCGCCUGCGUCUGGGAAGUUCCCGGAUGUCGUCUGGCGCGUAUCAUGGAGCCUUACGGGCAACAUUUUAGCGACGCUAUCCAUAGCGGCCGCCAUCGUCUGUGCGUUGCUGUACAUGAACAAGGCGACACGCAGCGCAGUACAGGCGACGAAGGAAUCGCUGAAAAACCGUGGCGUCGAUAUCUCCAGGCAAGGCAUGUCCGUGAAGACAAAAAAGCGCAUGGACCGCGACGACUACCUUGACGCCACACAGCGGGGCUUUGUCAACGCAUACAAGCACUCAACGUAUGGCCCCGGCCCUGGUGCGAGCCUGCGCUCACACUCUGCCGAGUCCAUUCACUCGACCCACCAUUCCGAAAUCGAGAGCAGGGACAGACAUGGAACCGUCUCGGGUGUCACACACGCAUUUGGCAUGAAGAAGACUACUAGUGCGCAGUGA